GGAUGUUCCUUCAUUUUAGCCGUGGAGCAAAGAUGGCUGUCUCUUUUGGGUUUUAGUUGGAGGAGGAAGAAAAUAACACUGAAAAAACUGUAAAAUAUUUAAAAAGCUUUUCAGAAAAGGAUCAAAUCGUUUAAUAAGUAAGGAGAAAACGCAAGUUAUAAUUGUAAAUGAAGGAAAUAAGUGAAACUGAGACAGGACUGUGAUUUUGUUCUAUCGGAAUAACCCAGCACAACAUAAAAACAACGCGGAGAAAUAUUUUAAAAGUAAACAGAACGUUUCUUUAGCUGUUUUGUUUUCGACUUGGCUCAGCAAAUACAGGUCAAUCUGGGCAGUAAAUAUGAUUAUAUUUUUGUUUUUGUUUGGCUUUUUGCGACAUGUAAGUUUCAAUUAACGACUGAAGAAAGGUGUAUCGUUUCAAACGCCCAGAAUUAUUCUACAUUCGUGUCUUUGAGAUAUUCUAGGUUCAAAUAUACCUCCACGUCAAAUAAAUGUACAGAGACCCCAUUGGAAACCAGAAGAACGAGGAAGGAGAGUAAAUGAAGAAAUCUGAGUGGCUGCCAGCAGUGAUCGAUUAGGCCACUCUGCAUGCUUAAAGGAAACACGCUCUUACGGCGUCCAGCUCCACCCAAAGUGAUGACCUCUCAACCGCCCAACAAUCAAAACCAGCACAACACUAACCAUUCUCCGCACUUGCUGAUCACCAGGAACCUCACCACCAACCCAGGCAGAUCUCACAGCCACGCCCGCGGUCCAUCAGACUCUCACACGUCCUAUAGCUCCAGCUCCAGAGUUUCUGCCAUGGGGGGUGUGGCGUCAACCUCCACACCUGGCAGUGGACGCGGCCCAUCAUCUCGGAGAGCACAGACUGGCAGGUUUGAACCCUGGCCUGAGGAGGCAGUGGACAGUGCCUAUGGUCUGUACUCUCUGCAUAGGAUGUUCGAUAUUGUGGGAGCCCAGCUCACACACCGCGAUGUCCGAGUACUGUCCUUCCUCUUUGUGGAUGUAAUUGACGAAUACGAGCGCGGAGGCAUUCGCAACGGUCGAGACUUCUUCCUAGCUCUGGAGCGGCAGGGGAGGUGCGACGAGACUAAUUUCAGACAUGUUCUGCAGCUCCUGAGGAUCAUUACCAGGCAUGACCUGCUUCCCUACGUCACGCUAAGGAAAAGACAGACCGUGUGUCCCGAUCCAGUGGAUAAGUACCUGGAGGAGACGUCGGUACGCUAUGUUUCACCCAGAAGUGCUGGAGAGAACAGGGGGGCUCCAUCUCAGCGAAGGACGGGCACGCAACCACUCAUCUGCUGCUCCCCAACAGGCCCUCAGGUGUGCUCAGGCAGAGGGAAACCCACCUCUAGUGCCCCCAGCAGGAAGAGGAAGAGAGCUCACAGUGCCACAGAUUGUAGGGAAAAGCAGACCUGUGACAUCAGACUGCGAGUGCGUGCCGAGUACUGCCAGCAUGAGUCAGCCCUCCAGGGCAAUGUCUUUUCCAACAAGCAGGAGGCCCUGGAGCGCCAGUUUGAGAGGUUCAACCAGGCCAAUACAAUCCUCAAGUCCCGGGACUUGGGCUCCAUCAUCUGCGACAUCAAGUUCUCGGAACUAACGUACCUGGAUGCCUUCUGGAGGGAUUACAUCAAUGGCUCACUGCUGGAGGCCCUCAAGGGCGUCUUCAUCACCGACUCCCUGAAGCAGGCUGUAGGCCAUGAAGCCAUCAAACUGCUUGUCAAUGUAGACGAGGAGGACUACCAAGCAGGCCGACGGAAACUACUACGCAACCUGAUCAUAGGGGGCACUGGAGCAAGAGAAGCCUCCUAGGAGACAGUCAACCGGAGUUCCCUUGGGUGUACAUAUAUAAAUAACAUUUACAGAACCGCUCUGUGUGUGUGUGAGUGCGCGCGAGUGUGUGUGAGAGUUGGUGGAUGACCAAGACAGACUGGAGUUCUUUGAGAGGGAUUUUGACGUAACGGGAGGUAACUUUCAACAUACUUUUAUUUAAGGUGUUCAGACAACAUGUAAGGCAUUUACAAGGAAUUAAAUGGAACAAUACAUUUUGCAGUGGUGUGAAUCGAACUAGAAUAUUAAUGAAGACUGAGCUCUCAUGUCUAUGAACUUUAGAAGUCCUUUCAGUAGGAUCUAAAUACACUUUUCCAACUGUGUAAAUCUUGUAAAGCUAUACAUUAGUCUGAUGCAUGAAAUACAUGCAGGGUGGGGCAUAUAACCUGUGCUUACCUUUUGUUUCCCCACAUACCUCAAACUCAGUUGACCUCCUUUAAAGUUUAUAACAGUAAUACGCACAUGUCUUGAGUAACCACAGCCUUGCAUGUUUGCUAGGCAUCGUAAAAUCCAAGAUGGAAAAAAUAUCUGGACCCAACUUGGGCUAUGAUUCAGUCUGGUCAUGUAGAGCUCAGGUCCCAAGAAAUUCACAAGUCCUUCAGAAGCAGGAAUGGAUGUUACUGCUUUAGAAUAAAGUAAGCCUUUUGCUCUUGUUUUUGGAUUGUGAAUAAUUAAUUGCAAAAAAUCUUAAAUUGUAUGCAUUGGUCUGAAGAACCUGAAAAUUACACCUUUGAGCUCAGGCAAGCUAUUGUAGUAUGGCCAAUCCGUUGUUACAAGUAAACGUUUUUCUGUAUGGUCAUCCAACCCACCAUAACUCAAUGCUACAUGGUAAUACUUUGUAAAUGAAUAGUUUAAUAAAGGAAACAUGGUAUUGAUAUUCUAGCAUAAGUAAGAAGUGGUGAAAGUAUUCAUUUAUAACAACAAAUUCCAAGACAAGCCAGAAAACACACAGAUUCCUAUGCUAUUCCAUAAUCUAGGGAUAUGGAGGUUCUCUAGAAAAAGUUAAAUAAGGUCAUCUUUGCUACAGCCUAAGUGCUUUCCUUGAAUUAAUCUUAUUAUUUGUAGCAUUAACCUUAUAUAAUCUAAUGUGUGGGUUAUUUUUGACAGAUUUUAAAUGUCAUUUGAAAAGUGAAGUUGUUGGAAAGUUACCUCUUGUUUGUAAGCCUUUAAAGAUGAGUUUGUGUCCCAUGUACAGUUGUUUGACAGUAUUGGGGUGUUUCAUGGAGCUGUUACUAUCUGAGCUUGUAGUGAAAGUAUCGGAUCAUACAGCAAAUUUGUAUAUGAUAGUAUCAUUGUGAGUUCCUUCUAAAGAAGGCAAAUCCCCCUCCUGUUUGUUGAAAUCUUUCUCAGCUUUAUUAAAGAUUGUUCAGUUUAGUCCUGUUUGUACAGCUGAUUGGUUGUAAAGCAGAGAAUGUCAGUCAAAAUAAGGAAAUAGAGCAGAAUCAUAUUCAGAGGUGUCCUUUUAUAUUCUCUUUAUGCUGUUCAUGAGUACAUGCAUUAACUGGUUACGUCGGUUAACAAGGAAUCAGAUUUUCUUUUUUUCUUUAUCAAUUACAUUAUACACAUGAAGAUGGUAAGGUUUUGCAUCCUUAAUCUGAAUGAUGGCUGACAACCUCUUGGAGAACUUGAAGGUUUCUCCAAUUUGCUUGAAUGUAGCUGGCCAGAGGCAUCCUUUAGUAGAUUCUGGUGAGUCCUGUCCUGUGUGCUUCAUUGCACUCCAGAGAUCAAUGUUUCUUUUGCACAUGUUCUUUUAUCCCUUUUCAAAUAGAAUAGGUGUUUGUAUUAAAGCACAUAGCUCGAUGUGUAUGAGGAAUAACUGUACACUGUCUUGUUCUCAAUAGCUUGUAGUCUUGAGAAAACUGCUUCUUGCUUAUGGUGAUUGAGUCGGUGACAUUCAUCUCUGCAGUUGUUGUUUAAAUGGACCCCCUAGGCAUUGUGCUACCCAUGUGCACUGUUAUAAUUUGCAUACAUUUUGACUGGGGUAGUUAACGGUGGUGCAGAUGAAGAUUUUGGCCUUUGUGCUUCAUUGGAAUUUUUAUUUAAUUUCUGCACUGAAAACGUUUUUGUAUGGUUUUAAAUUAUAGAAUGUUUUGGUUUGACUUCAAAAGAAGCUUUGUUGUAAUUUGUGAAAUAGAGUUCAUGAGUGUACAGCAGCUCUGUUUUGUCCAUUUUAAAGUUUAGGUCACUACUAAAGAUGGUACUUACUUUAUUUUAAUAAGGUGAAACUUCCAACAUAAGUAAACAUUAUUUUUUAUUACAUGUGAAUCAGGUAGAAAGAGCAUGUAUUAAUGCCUGUAAAAAGAACUGUAUAGUGUUAUAUCUUGAAAUUGUUAAAUAUGCUUUUUUAUUAGUGCUAAAUCCUUUCAAAGAACAGCUGCACCCCAUGUAAUUCUAGUUGUGGAUAUUUUUAAACAUCAGAGCUAUGGUCAGACUGUGCCUUAUUUCAGUAGUUUUGCAGAAUAGUGUCAUAAAGUCCCCUUUAGAAAUGAGCUAUGGUUUCUAACUUGAUCAAUGGGUCAUUCAUUUCAAAUGAAUGCCACACAUCGUGCAGAAUCUCUGUGAUCAGAGCAUGAACAAAGAGCAAAAGUGGGAGUCCAGUAACGCAACUUGCAUAUUGGAUGAUUACGAAGAGCAUUAUGCUUUUAACUUCGUGUUUCAAAACUCAUUUCCUUUAAAUGGAACUAUCUGAUAUGUGUAACGACCAAAUUGAGAAACAUGUCUUCUCAACACAAAGAAUUAACAUUUUAUGUGUGUGUAUAUAUACACCGUAUACUAAGGCAUUAAAAACACAAAGGCUAUUGGUUCCAGUAUUCUCUUGUUGCAUUUGUAACACCUUUCAGUACAGCAUAUCGUCACAGCAUUCUAUUUCCUAGACCUUAGGUUAGGUAAGGCUUGUAUUGAGCAGUUCAUGCCGAUUCACUAUGAGUUGCAUUUUUUAUCUUUUUUCAAAGACUCAGCUAUGUGGGAUAGAGAUGGUGGUGCUCACUGUACAUUGAUAUUGUAGAACCUGGUUUCAGCACACGAAGAACUCUGUAAUAUCUUGACACUGUAGCCGUGGACAGAUGUUUGCACACUACAGAAUGCCAGUAUCACUGGCAAAUUCUAAUCCUACUAAAUAAACCAGUAAGGACAAUAAAAACUACAAUGUAUUAACAGUGGGCACCUAUAUUUACAAAGCGUGUGUAUGGAGGUGUAUACCUUUAUCCACAAUUGUGUAAAGCCUCCAGAGGAAAUUCAAAAGCUAGUAGGGAGCUUUUUAAUUUUUAUGAAUUCUCUUAACUUUUGUUAUUACAAGAGGGAGUUGUCCAGCCAAUCUUAUUUACAGACUGUUAUAUUAAUAUGUCUUGAAUAAGGCGUUUUAAGUUUGUUUAAAUGUGAUGGAUUGCUCCUGUCACACAUUUUGAUGUAGACAUUAAUGGAGAACCUUGAAUGGCCUGAACUAGGAAAAUGGACCUAUAGUAUUUUUACUUUAAGAGUGUGGAGUUGAAUACCUGGGCCAGCUGUUGAAAUAGGAUAUUUUAAAGCAAAAUUCUUUUUGGACAAAAUCAUUAAAAUGUUCAGCUUCUGUUAUCUACAGUCCUUGCUUUCAUGAAUUGAAAGUCCAACCUCUUUGCUUAAUAGUUUCAAAGACCUGCAAAAGUAAUAUAAAUAUGAUACCUGGUACAUUUAACUUUAAACCAUCUUUUUACCAUGUAAUGCUGCCUUGAAAGAACCUGAAGUCAAAAGACUGUCCUCAGUCUGAUCUGUAAUUGAACAGCAAAGCAUUGCAGUUACAUGAAAGAACGUACAGGGACAGACCGCGAUCCAUUUUGUUGUAAUGUAUGCCUGGGACACUUCUCUUUAAAGACUUUGUAUGAUUGGAGUUGAGAAUUUUACAAAAUUAUACUGAAAAUGGUGUGAAGGCUCCUUCUGUCUGGUUGCAGCAGUUAUCCUAAGAUGUAAAGAAAAAAAGACUUGAUGUUUGAUAUAUCCUCUAGGUUAAAACGCCAAUGAGAAAACCUCAUCAAACUGUCAACCCCCUGGCCAGUGAGCCAGAGCACCCUGCUUUCCUUUAUGUAUAGCUUGUGAUAUAAUAAAAUCGCAAAAUAAAAAUA